GAACCACAAUUCAGAACGCGUGUCUCAAUCGGACAGCAAAUACCGCAGCACGCCGCUGCCCACCCCUCCUUUUCCUGUGUCUGUGUUGUGUGUUUUUUUUUUUUUUUUUUUCCUUUAAAGUGGCUUCCGGAAGUCGGCUAGACCCUUGAUAAGGUUUGUUUCUUCAACGCUACGUGCCCGGGGAGAGGAGAGGAGGAAAGCUGGGAGGUGGGACAGAAAGAAAGAUAGGAAAUAAUAGAGAGAGAGAGAUCCUUUCUCAAAAUGGACAUCAACAGCUCUGCCUUUCCAGCCGGCGCAAAAAACACGCACAGCGACCUGGGAACACGAACUAAACAAAAGAUUCCUGGGAGCUCCAUGGAAUUCUACUUCUCGGAAUGCUGUGACCGGAAUGCCUCCACGGAAUCAGACUUCAGCGAGUUCAGCGAUCCCGACAGUCAGCCCAUCGACCUUUCCACGAAGAAGAGGAGCCCAAAACUGGGCAGCGCUGCACACCCCUCUGCAUCCCAGGCAGCCCCAACGAGGGGUCCCCUGUGCCUCAGACUGACUCUGGAAAAACGUGAAGGCAUCAGCGCGGCACCUCCUGCUGUGCAGGAGGAAGUACUGCAGGCUAGGAGCAAGAAAAUCGACUCAUUGAUUUUAAACAACUCAUCUGGCAGCUGCGCAGAUAACAGCAACGGCUUGAGAAUCGUGAAACUGUACAAAGCCGAGAGGAAAGAUGUGGGAGUGGAAAGGGAUAACCAAAGUCUGUGUGUCGCACGCUGGCUCAAAACUGAAGACCAGGAGGUUGAAAUCUCGGAGGUUCUGGGUGGUAAAGGUGACAUGGCGGAUUGCAUUAAGAGAGAGAGGGAGGAGGAGGGAGAAGGAGAGGGGCAGGCUGGGAGGAGCCCCUCCUCCGACUCAGACGCUUCCUGCGAAUCAGGAACAAGGGGGCCGGGAGGGGGCGGGGGUGUGCUGCUGAUCGACGACAAAGGCAUCCCGUACACAGUCACGCUGGCGGGAGAGCGCGUCUCUGAUUCUGAAGUGCCGGACCACACCUCGAACUCCGUGAAACUAACUAAGCGCGCUGCCAGAACGCCGCUGAUCCGUGGGAAAUCCACCGCGAAGCGGGAGGGCUUGGAAAUCCCAACGGACAGCGGGACCGGCAGAGCCCCCGAACUCCCCGGGACCCCGAUAACCGAACCUUCGACCCCACCAGUGAAACAGGAACCGGCUCCCGUCUCUCAGACAGCGACGGGCAGGACACAGACCCCGGAGCCUCUGAUCCCCCCCAGGCGCAUACUCUACUGUGAGGUCUGCUUCCGAGCCUUCUUCUACCUGUCCGAUCUGGAGCGGCACAGCAUCACACACUCGGAGAGCAAGCCGCACGCCUGCACGCAGUGCGGGAAGCGCUUCAAACGAUCGAGCCACCUGGAGCGGCACAAGCACAUCCACACGGGCCAGCGCAACUUCGCCUGCGCGGUGUGCGGGAAGCGGUUCCGCGAGGCUGGGGAGCUGCUGCGGCACCAGCGGGUCCACACCGGGGAGAAGCCGUACCAGUGCGAGGGCUGCAGGAUGAGAUUCGCAGAGCGCAACACACUGCGCAGGCACACGAAGCGCAAGCACGCCCGCGAGGGAUUGUACAUGCAGGGGGCAGGGACCCCGGACAAUAAGGACUGGUACUCCAGCUCUGGGCUGGGGGAGGAAGAGAGGGAGGAGGAGGGGGAGGUGGGCUCUUGAGAGAGCAAGGAGCUUUUAAAAUUUUUUAAAUGUUGAUUUGACGACAGUAUGCCCCCUUCGUUGAUGGAUUUGUAAUAAGUUAUUUUGUACAGCCGACACUGUCUCUUCUAUCAGUUAGUAUGUCCAGUUGACCCUAGGGAUGCUGGGAGCUGCAGUUCUUUGUAUUGUGGCAGUUCAGAUAGCUGCAGUAUAAAGAUAUAUGGGUACACAUACACUAGAAAUGCUGCUUGAGACCGAAUCAGAAUAAAAACCACAGCUCCCAGCAUGCCCCAGCACUAUCAGUAACAGUGAGGGAUGCUGGGAGGUGUAGUUCUUGAUGCUGUGACAGUAUAAUAUGAUGAUUGAGUUUACACUUUCCCCCUCAUAGACCCCAGUGUUAGAUGUUAAAGCCAGGCUGCCCUGUAGCCAAGUUUCAAGAGCAAGGCUACAGGAAAGAGCUGCAGACAAUAAGCAGGAGAUAUUAUACCUCCCCAUUGAAACCUAUUAGCAGCAAGUACACUUUGCUCAGAGUGAAGAUCUCACACUCACAAUGUCAUGACAAGCAUUCAAAACGCUUAAACCACAACAGGAUUCAGUGCAUAGAGAUAGUACUUGAAAGCUACAAGUUCCGUAUAAACAGAUUAAGUUUUUUUAAACGGAUUUAGAUUUAAUGGCUUAUAAUUAGGGCUGUAUUUUUUUCACUGUAAAAAAUGUCUAAAAAUAGGUAUUUCAAGUUUUAAAAAAUAGCGUUGUCACAUUUCAAAAAUUCAUAAUUUUCUUUAGAGUUAAUAUUUGACAGACGUUCCUAAAUGUUUAAAUGCUCACCUGAAAAACAGUAAAUGCUAAAUUGUAGAAUAUUUAGUUUAUGUCCACCUUUUAAAGACGUUCUGUGUUCACCAUCAGUGAAUAAAAACAUAAUUAAAUGUAAAUCUAACAACAGACACGUGAAUUGUUCCACACUUACACCGGACAGAGCGAUCUUUUGCAGAAAUAUUUCCGAUCUUUGGUGCAGCUGGUGUCUUUCUCGUUGAAGUCAUUUUAAAGAAGUCGUGCAGCUCUAUGCAGUGCAUGUUCAGUCAUUUGCCAGGUUCCUAAAUGCAGCGUAACAGGCAGUGCAUUAAUAAAGAGAACGUUUGCUGUAUUUAUUUUUAAGUGAUAAAACAUAUGCCUGUUUACACUGUUCUUUCAGAAAUGGGUAGUUUCACAAGGAACUACAUAUUACACAGCAAUGAUAACCCUGAAAAAGGUAAACCUCACUUCUGAUAUGUUUCAAAGAGUUGGGUGUGGCAUUCUCUUGUACUCUUUGUAUGACAGACCCUCCCUGACACAGCAAAGAGCGCAUGAGAAUGAAACACUCUCUCAACACUCAGAAACAUAUUAUAAGAGACACCCGACACACCACAGAUUAGCUGAUAUAAAACGGAGGUAAAGGGAGAGAGGAGAGGGAGGGUCUGUCGUGCAAGAGAAUGAAACACACUCUGUACGUGAUUAGAAGGAGACACCCAACACUACAAUACUGGGGCAUGUUGUCAGCUCGAAUUCUUUAGACAUAAAAGUUUCAUUUUUAGAUUUUAAAAAGCCCUGAUUGGCAGUUCACACAGUUUCCAGUGAUUGAUUAUCCACAAAAAAAAAAGGAUCAUGAUAAUCACAGCGAUCUUAAAUCAUGCUUUAAAAAAGAGCCCUACCCAGGGUUUCAAAAUCCAUUCUCUUACUAGCUUAUUAGCUUUAUGAGCAUUAUCACUGCGCCUCCCUUUAAAGGAGGGCUCACCAUGUAGUUGCCUGCUGUGUAAUUUGCGUAACACAGGCUGGAUCAGCCAAAGUGUCUUUACAUGAGUGCAGAUCCGGAGCACUGCCAGCAAAGCAAGGGAACACCCUGAGGGGCAGUCCACCAGAUGGCGCUGGCUCUCUCUUAUAUAGAGAUCUACCUGCUGUGCUGCAUGGCCCUGGCAGCAGCUCCUGAACUCACAGUUAAAGCAGCACAGACUACAAAUAACGUAAAUAAACACAGCGUUUGAGUGGUUGCAGUGUAAAGAAGCACUCUGAAUGACUGCAUACAUCAUCAGGGGUGAUAUAAAAAGUAUUGAAAUGGCCAUUUGCAGCUGUAAGUACAGUUUCGUUCAGUGGAGCGUCAAUUAUCCAGACUAACUGCAACCGAUGUCAGUUCAGAUGUUCACAUUGAUUGGUUAAUCAAAUCAUAUAUUUAAUAAAACAAUUUAUAAUCUUGCAGCACAUGUGUAGCAAAUCCCCCUGGAUUACUCUACAGUGCCAUGCAAUCUGAAUAUAUGCACUGCUGUACUAAUUUAGAGCACAUGGGCACUGUAGAUCUGAGCAACACUGAACAAAAUGAACACAAGUGACCCAAAUGAGCAUUCUGAUGACUGAACAGCUGGGAUGAUUGGCUCUCCACAGUAUUGUACAGAGUCGUUCUGAUGUUUGGCUCUCCACUGUAUUGUACAGAGUCGUUCUGAUGAUUGGCUCUCCACAGUAUUGUACAGAGUCGUUCUGAUGAUUGGCUCUCCACUGUAUUGUACAGAGUCGUUCUGAUGAUUGGCUCUCCACUGUAUUGUACAGAGUCGUUCUGAUGAUUGGCUCUCCACUGUAUUGUACAGAGUCGUUCUGAUGAUUGGCUCUCCACUGUAUUGUACAGAGUCGUUCUGAUGAUUGGCUCUCCACUGUAUUGUACAGAGUCGUUCUGAUGAUUGGCUCUCCACAGUAUUGUACAGAGUCGUUCUGAUGAUUGGCUCUCCACAGUAUUGUACAGAGUCGUUCUGAUGAUUGGCUCUCCACAGUAUUGUACAGAGUCGUUCUGAUGAUUGGCUCUCCACAGUAUUGUACAGAAUCGUUCCAAUAAUUGGCUCUCCACUGUAUUGUACAGAGUCGUUCUGAUGAUUGGCUCUCCACUGUAUUGUCGUUACCCUCCCUCCUUCCUCCCCAACGCAGUAUAACUGAAGACUGACUUUUAUAAGACUUUUAAGAACAUUUUGUUCAUGUAUAUUUUUGUUUGUUCUGCUAAAACAACACACACUGGCCUGGCCUCUGCCUGCCUGCCUGAUCGGGUUUGGUGUUGUCCUGGUGUGGUUCAUGUUCUUUUGCUAUACCAUGGGUCCCUCUAUUACGCUGGAGGGCUGAACGAACACUAAGCAUUGCUGCGGACCCCCAACACUGCUGAACCCCGACUUUCAAGAUGAUAACGCCCCUGUCCGCCGUGCCAGGAUUGUGAUCGGUUUGAGGAGCGCGACAGAGAGACUUUGGGCAUCUUCCACGGCCACCACAAUGAUCUCGACCCGUCUGAACGACUCGUCAUCACGACCCCCUGCCUGCCUCUGUGCGCUCAGGAUUAAUGAGGGAGCGGAUCCACAGAGACACCUUCCAACACCUUGUGGAGUCGAGGUCACAUCAAGGCUGAGAUCAAACAGUGACCCUAUAGCAGGGACAGGUCCUAACGAAGUGACUGGGCUGUUUAUUAUACAAAUAUGAAAGAAAAAAAGAACAAAAGACUCACUGGAGUGCCGAGACCAAACUCUAAAGAUGGACAAAUAUAGAAAAUUAAUAAAAUGGUGCCAUUGUCAUGUUUUAAAAAUGAUAUGCUGUAACAAAUCAUGGCUACAUUAAAACAAACUGAGAUGCAAUUGUACUUGAGUAGAUAUGAAUUUUAAAAAGUGUUAAAAAAUCCAUCAUUUAAACACUACACUGCUAACCAAGGUUUUUAAAUCCAUUCCCUAACCUCUUAAUAGUUGUAUUAACAUUAUCACUGGUCCCUUUCUUUAAAGGAGCGCUGACCAAUUUUUAAAAUCCACUCUCUUACCUCUCAUUAGCUUUAUUACAUGAUCACUGCCCCCUUCAAAGGAGUGCUGACCAUCUUUAAAAAAAACAUCUUAAAUCAUCACUGGUGUUUCACAGAUCCGUUGUUUCUUUGUUUCUAUUUUCUACUUCAAUUUGAAAUUGUAAUGCUGUCAUCGUCCAUAACUUCACCCAAUCAGAAACUCAGUGUUAUACUUUUGUUGAUUUAGUAUGUCACGAAUUGAUAUGAACUUUAAAAAGCAGCAUUUAGAUAAAGAUAUGAAGAACCUAUUGCUAUUAUUAUUCUAGACGACAUGAAUUUCACCACCAUUUAGCAUUUCAAAAUUGGAAUUUAUGAAAUAGUAUCUUAAUACGAAACUGGCUCCAUUUUGGCUCCGGAGCAUAGUCGCCGUUUAGCCAAAGGAAUGCAAUUUCGUUAUAAUAGCGUGAGCCGCACACACACGGAUUCAAUAACGUGUCUGCCGACACUAAGUCCAACCCCUCGCAUGCCCGCGCCUUUAAGGUGGUCCUAACAAAACAUGUCGGAGACUGUGUCAGACAAAGCCUGUCCAAAAUCCGGAUGGGGAUGCAGACCCAGCCGAACCGGCACCGAGCCAAACUGAACCGAACCAGAAGCGUUCGUGAAAGGU